AAACUUAUACCACUUAAAUCGCUCACAGAGUAAUUACUGUAAUUCUGCCACAAAGGGAGCGUACAUUUUUUCGGGCACUUACGUGUAUUUUUUGUCCAUACUCCAAACGACUUGUGGCUGUUUCAUUCUUGUCUCUUGUUCAGGAUGGCCAAGUGGACGGGUAUCAUGUGCAGCACGCUGUUCCUCGUCGGCUUGCUAUCCACUCCGGGGGAGCCCAAAAGAAACCGAGGCUCCCAGGGCGCCAUUCCUCAUCUCAACAAAAACAGCCCGAACGAGUCGGAGCGGCAGCCUCGACCCCCGGGGACCGGCUCCCGGCCCCGCCAGAGGCAAGGCUCGCCCUCUCCGGCAGACGAGGUUCUGGAGUCCAGCCAGGAGGCUUUACACGUGACCGAGCGGCAGUACUUGAAACGGGACUGGUGCAAGACGCAGCCGCUCAAGCAGACCAUCCACGAGGAGGGCUGCGUCAGCCGCACUAUCAUCAACCGCUUCUGCUACGGACAGUGCAACUCCUUUUACAUCCCAAGACACAUCCGCAGGGAGGAGGGAGCCUUCCAAUCGUGCUCCUUCUGUAAACCCAACCGCUUUACCACCAUGACUUUUACUUUGAACUGUCCCGACCUGCAGCCACCCACCAAGAAGAAACGCAUCCAGCGCGUAAAACAGUGUCGCUGUAUAUCCAUUGACUUGGACUAGCCAACGCUCAAGUCAA